CACAGGGGGACACGUGACUCAAUGUUUGCGCUUUGUCGAAAUCAAACCCGGAAGCUCUCACGGUGUCACUCAGACAGUGGGGAACUGAGGCGUGAGUGACAUCUACAGCUUGGGCUGGCUGACCGGGUGCCGAUAUGUGGCGGCCACAAGCCUGGUGGAGCUCCGUCAGGUCGGCUUUCCAGAGGUCGGACCAGCCGCCUUACUUGAACGAUGCCACUGGCUUUGAUUGCACGGAUGAACCGGCACUGGAGGGGGAGGAGGUUUUGCCCCGGUUUAAUAAGCUGAGGGUUCUGGUGGCAGAUGAAGCAGUGGCAACAAACGGGGUAACCCUGAACGCGGCCUCUGAUGAUGAUUCCUUGCUGGAGAGCCGGGCUAAGAGCGAGCCCUGUGAGAAGUGCAACAGCCACAGGGAGAAGAGGAAACAGAGCAAGGUGAAGAGAAAGUUGAUCCUGGCUGCGGCCCUUUACCUCCUCUUCAUGGUGGGGGAACUUGUGGGUGGAUAUGUUGCCAACAGCCUUGCUAUCAUGACUGAUGCCCUCCAUAUGCUCUCCGACCUCAGCAGUAUUAUUUUGACUUUACUUGCUCUAUGUCUGUCAUCGAAAUCUCCAAACAAACGUUUCACCUUUGGAUUCCAUCGUCUGGAGGUUUUGUCUGCCAUUGUCAGCGUGCUUCUGGUAUACAUCCUUACAGGCUUUUUGUUGUAUGAAGCCAUCCAAAGGACAAUACACAUGAACUAUAACAUUAAUGGAGAUGUGAUGUUGAUUACUGCAGCUGUUGGUGUUGCCGUAAACCUCGUAAUGGGAAUUUUGUUAAGUCAGACAGGUCACCCUCAUUCGCAUUCUCAUGGACCCACAGCAAAUUUACCAAGCCCCCAUGGACAUAGUCAUGGGAGUCUGGCAGUUAGAGCUGCAUUUGUCCAUGCACUAGGAGACUUGGCUCAAAGUAUUGGUGUUCUAAUAGCAGCCUAUAUUAUACGAUUCAAGCCAGAAUACAAAAUAGCAGACCCCAUCUGUACCUACAUAUUUUCUGUACUUGUAGUUUUUACUACAGUCCGCUUAGUAUGGGAUACAGUGCUAAUAAUACUUGAAGGUGCUCCAAGAAAUCUGAAUCUGGACCGGCUCAAGGAGGACCUGAUGAAAAUUGAUGAUGUUUAUUCUGUGAAAGACCUUAAUGUCUGGUCCCUCACAACAGGAAAAUCUGUUGCCAUAAUCCAUUUGCAACUGUGUCCUGAUGCCUCAUCAAAGUGGGAGGAAGUGCAGAACAAAGCCAGACAUGUACUGCUGAACACACAUGGAAUGUACAAGUGCUUCAUUCAGUUGCAAAAUUACAGGCAAGAGGAGCGCACACAUUGCACUGACUGUUCCAGUGCCUAAGUCCCAUGGACUGAUGCCUUACAACUGACACACUAGGUACAAGACACCCAGAGCAAUACGUUAACCUUAAAAUCCUUACUAAGAAGCAGCAGUGGGUUGCUCUAUGUAUGUCUUAAGAAGCACACUUUCUCAUUGGAAUCUAGAAACCUUUAUAGACCAAAAGAGAAGAACAUUUCUCCCUGCAGUAUUCUGCUGAGGACGUGUAGACCAACAACUCAAGUGUUUACAGAGUUAAGCAAGUUUGCACAUACCUUGUAUUUGAAGCUAUAGCACAAACAGCCCAUGGUAUGGAUACAAAGUAUGUUAUUUGAAACACAACCAUUGUAUAGAUCCCCGUAUUUUAAGGGUAAUCUACUUUUAUACAUGCUGCUUUUACAUUCUGCAUAGAAAUGCUUAACUUCCAUGAGUUCACAUAAAAGUAUUAUGUUUCCUCCUACAAAAGCCGUUGUGCCGUUGCCAUUUUAUCAACACCCUGAAACUGACAGAUUUAGUAGGAUACUAGGGGGAAUUAUUUUGGUUCUCUGCCUGUUCAGUAGAUCACUGCAUGACCAUAAUAUGAUAAAUAUCAUACCACAUUCUUUGGUAUUAAGCCUUGUACAAAGUAUUAGAGUAAGUCAGUAAGACAGUGGUACUGCAUUAAACAAUCCACAAUAGUUUACCGAUUUCUGGCAUAUUUAGAAGUUUACAUGUAUAUGUGACUGGAUAAUGAGUGACCACAGUAACAGAACUUACGUUGGUACCAAUACAAAUGUAUGGUGUUCGGUUUUAAACCAAGGGUAAGUGAUAAGCUGCUGUUGCUAUUUUAUGAAACACAAAAGGUGUCACCUUACCCGUGUUCUGUAAUAAUGCACUUAUGCUCUACUGUAUUAGUUUUAAACUGGCAUAACAUUGCUGUUAGAAGUCUUUCAUGUUCUAGCCAUAAACCUGAAAGGAUUUAUUAAAAUAGACAAGUAAAAACUCAACAGAAGCCACAAAAUUUAAGCAGACAGUAUGUUAAUUAUUUGGAAUAACCAGAUUUAGAUUGUUGCAUAGACAACGGUUCUUUUUCAAGUAUUAGAGGAGUAAAUGCAGAUUUCUGGAAAGGAUAGAAGGCAGGCCUUUAUUUAAAUUUCUGUUUAUAAAAGCUUUAUGGUGGACAUGGUUUUUAACAGGACUUUCUUUAUAACCUGCCUUGUUUACUAUAAUGAGCUCUUUUGGCCUUGCCAAAGUUUCCUCUCCCAUUACCUUCUCAGGAUUCCUGAGCUUGCAGCCGUUCUGAAAGUGCCUGUCACUUGGUACUGUAUUUAUAAAUAUCCUAUUUAUAUGAGGUUUCAUUCACUUUCCACUAAACUUCCUGUGAGUAGAGCCCCACAAGCUACCGUUCACUAGCUUUUCUAUGCACACACCUCCAGUUAGUGAAUUACCGCAUGCCUGCCUUUGAAAUGCAAAUGGAUAAAAACUUUAAAUAUGACCAGAAGAAAUUCAGAAUGUGGGAUAAAAAUGUAUGAGCUAGUCCAAAAGUACAGCAAAUACCACUUGUUAAAACAUACUACAUGCAUGUAAUAUAUCUGCUUUGCUAGAUCAAAAAAGAUCAUUGCAUAAUCUCUACUUCUUUGCAAAGCCUGAACAGUUGUAAUGUAACACUAAGUGGCAGAUUUAUCAAUGGUCAAAUUGAGAAUUUGAAAUUCAAAUUUUCUUAAUUUUUUAUGGUCAAAACUGUUAAAUUCGACUAGGAAGUUAUUCAAAUUUGAUUCCAGUUUUCAAAAAAAUUUGAAUAUGAUUUAUCAUACUCUGGCCCUUUAAGAACUCGAAUUCGACUAUUCGCCACCUAAAACUUGCCGAAUUUUUUUCGGAGAAAAAACUCGAACCAAGUUUUUUAAAUUCCAAUCCGUUACGUGUUUUGGGGUCAAUUUAAUUCAUUCAAAUUCGUUACGAGUUUUUGGGUCAAUUUAAUUCAACCGGGUUUGAAAAAUUCGAUUUUUUUUUUAAAGGGGAAGGAAAGGCUAAAAUUAAGUAAGCUUUAUCAGAAAGGUCUAUAUAAAUACACCAGUAAACCCUCAAAGUAAUGCUGCUCUGAGUCCUCUGUCAAAAGAAACACCACAUUUCUUUCCUUCUAUUGUGUACACAUGGACUUCUGUAUCAGACUUCCUGUUUUCAUCUUAAACCUCCAGGGCACGGCCUUGAGCAUGCUCAGUUUGCUCCUCUCCCCCUCCCAUCCCUGCUGUAAAAUGAGCUCAGAGCUGUUAGUGAGCAGGGAUAGAGUCAGGCAGGAAGUGAUGUCACACCAAGCUUAUAUGGCAGCUUCUAUCCUAAACAAACAGAGACAGUGUCUAGAGCUGUUUACUCAGGUAUGGUAAAGCAUUCUGCAGAAUAAAUAUAGCGUUCUAGCUUGCACUGUUGUGGCUAUUCUAUUGGCAAUAAACUGUCUUGGAGCUUUCCUUCUCCUCUAAUAAAUUUUGAUUGGUUUUUAAAAACUUGCAUGAAUUCGAAGUUUGACCUUUGAUAAAUGUGCCUCCCCUACACUUGCAAGAAGUUAAUCAGUGGCUGCUUAAAGGAGAAUUAAACCCCCCGCGAUGUUAAGUCCCCGUUGGCCCUCCCCCCUGCACAGUCUUACCCCAGAAUUCUGUCCCCUCUUGAAAUAGUGACCGCACAUGCAGAGUGAGUGCAGCGGAGCUCACGGGCGCCAUCUUCUCUUCUGUAAUCUUUGUGUCUUCUUUCUCCCCUUCGGCUAUUUCUGUCUCUUACGGCGCAUGCGCAGUUGUAUCGAACCGGAACAUUGCUCCAUCUGCACAUGCUCCAAGUAUAGGAGAAGGAAGAGGAACUCCAGCAGUAUAACUGCAAACAACUUUUUAUUCCAGGCAGUUGUAAACACAACAUGUUUCGGGUUCAAUACCCUUCCUCUUCCUUCUCCUAUACUUGGAUCAUUUGCAGCAGUUGCAGCACCACCAUCCCCCUCUUCUAUCCAACUGCACAUACGCCAUUAUGCCGCUCACUUCACGAAGAUUACCGAAGAGAAGAAGAUGGCGCCCGUGAGCUUCGCUGCGCUCACUCUGCAUUUGCAGAGUAGGUUCCAUGUGUAUUCCUGUCUGCUAAUUGUGCAGCCUUAUUAUAUUGUUAUUGAGCUCAACAGGCCACCUGUUAUGUUUAACUGAUGAGCAGGACAUUACCAAAUGUCUAUGUGGGGAUGUGACUUAAUUUUAUUUUUAAGCAUGACACUAAUUUUUGAACACACUCAAAUGUUUUAGUUGGCUGUAUGUAUUUAUGGUUUAUAAUUUUUUACCCAUGAAAAGUCUUUCAGCAAACACUUUUCAUCAGGCUUUUUGAAAAUCAAAAAAGCCACAAAUUUGCAUUUUGUCUAAUUUUCAUAGGUUUUGAUAGAUUGUUGCCUCUUGCAUUUUUUUUCUUUUACAAAACCUUAUAUAACAGAAUAAAAGAAAUUCUGUAACAUAAAUGCACAUAGAUGGGUUGUCAUAAGAUAUUUAUUAAUUUUUUGAUCGCCAGGAAAAAUACUUUCUAAAAAAAAAAGAAUACAAGUAAAUGACAAACUAAAUUUGUGUUUUUAAUUCAUUUGUGGAGGUGAUGUUUGUGUCAAUGGUGUAAAUACAUAAUGCAUUGCAAGAAAAGAAGGAGGCUAAAAGUAACAUUUUAUAAAUAAUAAUAAACACUUUAUGUAUA